AUGUACUGCAAAUCCCCCGUGCACCUGCCAAGCACUCGUCUCACGAAUAAUUACGGGAUACCUCGCACACAUUCUCCAUUUUGCAUCGCCCGUGUUCGCGUUUCUCGUUUGACUCCAUAUUCAUUCCACAUUUUCCUAUUUCCCCAUCCGUCUUGGCUCCACCUUCACAUCGUUCUCUUUUUCUUCUCCCCCACCCUCAUCUCCAUCUUCAUCUAUCUUCCACUACGUGUAUUUUCCUUCAUCCCCCCCUCUCGACCGAUCUCCAUCUUUGCCACCUACCUACUGCGCCGCUGCAGAUCCCCCCCAGUCACGACUCGAGACUCACAACUUGGCCGCUCCUCCGCCCUUGCUCUUUUACGGCAUACGCUCCGCUCCAUUCGACCUUGUGAACCCCAUCGCCUCAACCGACCAGACCGGUCAUUAAUCUCUACCUCCCUGCUCGAAAAUCACUGGGAACGUCACCCUGCCGCCGCACUUCUCUUGUCCGUCCCUCGGGAGCCUCACAUUGUUCAGGAUGUCGAUGAGAUAGCCUUUCUCCUCGCACGACUUUCCUUCCUCCCCUCCUUCUCCUACAAGGCGACAACCUACUCGUUUCAUACCGGCAGUCACGUCCGGCCAUCCGCCCUUCGACACAAAAUGGACUCGUGUGAAGGGGUUCUUCUCGUCCCCCCGGAGAGGGGUCAGCUUCUGGGUCGUGCCCUAUGGAAGGCCCGAUAUGUCAUCGUCGGAAGGCGCAAUGCCCACAAGCACCAGAAGAUCCAGACUCACGCUGGCCCCAGCAUGGCCCAGGUCAUGACCACUGCCUCCCGCAUGAACAGUGGUUCAAGCUCCAAAUCCCCGCCUGUUCAUUCCGUCGAAGACUAUGUCAUUUCCAUAUUCAAGGCCAAAGAUGACUGGGAUCCCGCCCACCAAUACCCCGUCAGCUCCGUGAUCGACUGCCAGGUCCAGAUGGUUGCUCAUCGCAAGCAGGGACCGGUACUUCCCACCCUCAUCGUCACUCUCAGCGACAAGGAACGUAAACGUCGUUCGAGCAGGGCCGCCGGUCUUAUCGCCAACAAGGAACCCACAACUUCGACCCUCUGGUUCCGUACCCCUCCCGACGACCAUCAUAUCAGCCUGCAUGACUGGGCCCGCUAUAUCCUCUCACGAAAAUUGCCAUCGAGCCCCGACAGUCCCGCCUCGCCUUCCUUCACCAAUCCUUUCCCCUCCCGCGCCCCUCAGAACAAUGAUUAUUACCCACGGCCCUCGAGCGGAAACAACCCGUCGCGUUCGGCCUUCUUCCACAAGACUUCGACACACGGCGGUCGAGAACGCCCGGUCACUUUCAGUUCCGAGUCCCCCAGCCUGCGGUCCAAGCGCAGCGACAUCUCCUCACCCUCGAGCGCCACGAAUCCGUCUCAGCUGGGCUACACCAUGCCCGACCUGAACCAGUACACCACCGUCCUGCCCUCCGACAUCCCUUCCCCUGUUACCUCGACAGGGAAGUACCACCAGGGAGAUCUGAUUGAAGGCUGGACCUCGGCACAGGGUCGUUCUUCUACCAUGAGCUCCCCUGCACGCGUUCGCGGCAGCGUGAGCUCGCAGGCCCAGCAACCCGGUACCUCGGCCACGGAUUCGAGCUCGCCGCCUGCCCCCCGCGAGACUAUUCUCGAUCGGGCCUUUCACCUACGGUACAUCCCGGGUUCCGAACGCGAAAUCCCCGGUGAGGAUAAGCUCAGCUCCUUGGCACGCUUCGACGCCCUCAUGCGCGAGGCGGAUCAGAAAAGACGACAGCACAAGCAGGCCGAGAUGACUGCGCAGAGUGCUUGGGAUUUGGACGAGUCCACGGACAACGAGGGCGACCGCGACGAAGACGACGAUGACGACGAUGACGACAACUUCGCACACGAGGCGGACGAGAACCGGCAGACUUUGAUCCCGCCCAAAGCACAGCGGGCCUUGGAAUUCCUCGUAGGCCGGCACGAGCCCGAGUCGUCCUUGGCUCGCCCAUCUGCUGCUCCUGCUGCUGCUGCUGCUGCUGCUGCUGCUGCUCACUCCUCGUCCACGGGCCACCACCAGCCGGCCAACUUCCAUGCUCCGUUGCAGGCGCCGUCACGGCCCCACACGGCGCACUCCAAGGUCCGGCCGAACAUCAGCCACCGAACGCAUAGCCAGCCGUACCUCAUGGCUAGAGAAAGGCCAGACGUAACCAGUGCCCCUUCACCCGGUAAGACAUCAUCCGAAGACGGGCCUGCGCGGCCCGGUGCGGAGAAGCGCAUGUCCACCUCCAGCGCCAAGCGACUGAGCUUCACCGAAUUCACCAAGCGUCUCUCCAGCACCAGCAGCUUACUUCUCGUCCAGACCAACGCGAGCGGCGGGAGCAGUCGCGAAAGCACCGAGUUCGACCGAAAUCCAUCACAAGCUCUGAAGGGUACUACGUCAAGUACUAGGCCUGCCGUCCCGCCGCGGCCUCGCCGUGACGCGGACCGCGAAGAUUGGGAGAAGCGCGGGAAUUGUGUCUGGGAGCUCGCUCCACCUGCUGCCUCGCCUCGCCUCGCCCUCCCUCACCACUUCUUCUCCAGUCCCUCCAAUGGGACUACUCAUGAUGACUUACGAUCGGAGAAGGGGCGGGGCCUGGCGUUUGAUGGGGACGACUUUGAUGCGAGCGAGGAGGGCAUGGACGGGUUUUCGUCCUCUCAUGGUGGCAUCUUGUAUGGUGUCUUGUUGUCAGUUGGAUUCCUGACCCGUGGUCACAUUAGAAAGUGA